AUGCGUGAGUAUUCACAUGUCGCUCGCUACAAUAGCCACAACUCCGGUGACACAGGUAGGAACACCGUCAGAGGGCAGCUUCAGGUAACAGGCGGGAUUCAUAUAUACCGGAGCCACAAACCCCAUCUCACAAGGGGAAAAAAAAUACACAAGAAAUCAACAUCCACUCCGCAGCUUCAGCUCUACCACAACAUGUCGCUAUCGCUGCCUCCGGAAAUCAUCACCAUGGUGUGUUAUCACCUCGACACAAAAAGCCUCCUUGCUCUGGAGGCCAGCUGUUCAGAAAUCCGAGCAAUAACGUCGUCGCGGUUUCUCGACGAGGCGCUAUUUGCACACAGAUGCCGAGACCUGUGCCAGUGGAUCUCUCCUCAGUAUGGCCAUGGCUCCUGGAGAGGCACUCUACGACGUCUCAAACGAGUGGUGACGCCCAUGGACUAUCACAAUUUGCAUUUCAUGUACGAGCUGGCCGAAGGCGGGCGUCUUCCCAGCCGUUUCCGCCGAGGAGAACUCGUCAAACGAAGUCAUCUCAACACAAAGAUGGAACGGGAGGGCAAGAAAACUGACCAAAACAAACGACUGAGCGUGAUAGCGUCAGACGUUGUUGCCCGCAACUUCCGCUGCAAAAUCCUCCACAACCGCAUCCAGAUGCACCAUAACGGAGUCAUCAUCACCCUCAACAUGUCCGACCAAAUUGGAGUUUGUGAGACAGCACGUCCGGAGUUUUCAAUCAAGGACGAUGGAGAAAAGGGCUGGAGAUACGAGUACGAAACGCGUCUGGGACAAGUGGUGCUGCCGUUUGAAGCUUCUUUCAUUGCUCAAACAGACGACCAUAUGACAGUCAAGGCCAUCUCGGGAGACUCCAAAGACAAAUUCUUCUUCGUGGACAUGACCACGCUGCCUCAUAAACAGCCCAUGAAAGUGCCAGCACACACCGCUUUGCACACUGUGGGAUCCCUUGCUCUUCUUACUGAUGAUUCACACUUACAUGUUGUGCACCAAACUGGAGUCUACUCGUUUGGAGAACAACAUGGAAGAAAGAAGUUCACUGUGUGUGGACCCUUCCUCGUGGUAUUGUACGACAACCUGGUGCUCUCCGUCCUCUACCAAGAUGACUCUUCCGUUUAUUUGGUGGGCCAUGUCGUACUCCAAGGAUGGAACUUUGAAACUGCUAGACUGGUAGCAGACGUCACCCUGCAUAAAUUCGUCAUGCUGUGCUCAGAUAAUUGCACGCUGCUGAUGGAUCUAGAAACCCUAGAGAUGGACACCUUGCCUCCAUCCCAAAUCAACAGUAUUGAUUCGGAACUCAACGCAUGGGCUUACUCCGAGCGGUAUCUCAAGGUCAUAGCCUACAAGGCUGCAUGUAUCAAGAAGGCCACCGAGGAGAGAAUAGGACGAGUGAUUGAGGAGCCGUUUGUAUUCGACUUUCGCUACGUGAACAAUGUAGCCGAGGAAGGGUUGAUUCAGAUGAGCACCCAUUCAACUAUCGUUUAA